AUGUCGACGACUGUGGAGAAAAUCAAGGCGAUCGAAGAUGAGAUGGCGCGGACGCAGAAGAACAAAGCGACUUCGUUCCAUCUCGGGCAGCUGAAAGCCAAGUUAGCCAAGUUACGGCGGGAAUUGCUGCAGGGCGCGUCGGCCGGAGGUGGAGGCGGCGGUGUAGGCUUUGAUGUGUCGCGGACGGGUGUGGCAUCGGUGGGGUUUGUCGGGUUUCCGUCCGUGGGCAAAAGUACGCUGUUGUCGAAGCUGACGGGGACCGAGUCUGAGGCAGCGGAGUACGAGUUCACGACGUUGGUGACGGUGCCGGGUGUGAUCCGGUAUAAGGGUGCGAAAAUCCAGAUGCUGGAUCUGCCGGGGAUCAUUGACGGCGCGAAGGAUGGGCGCGGGCGUGGCCGGCAGGUGAUUGCGGUCGCGCGGACGUGCAACCUGCUGUUCAUCGUGCUGGAUGUGAACAAGCCGCUGCACCACAAGCAGAUCAUCGAGAAGGAGCUGGAGGGCGUGGGCAUCCGGCUGAACAAGUCGCCUCCGGACAUCAUUGUGAAGAAGAAGGAGAAGGGCGGUAUAUCGAUCACGAACACAGUGCCGCUGACACAUUUGGACCACGACGGGAUCCGCGCGGUGAUGAGUGAGUACCGCAUCAACAGCGCGGAGAUUGCGUUCCGGUGCGACGCGACAGUUGACGACCUGAUUGACGUCCUCGAGGCUCCCAGCAGGCGUUACAUGCCGGCUAUCUACGUGCUGAACAAGAUCGACUCGCUGUCAGUGGAAGAGUUGGAGCUGCUGUACCGGAUUCCGAAUGCUGUGCCUAUAUCUAGUGGACGGGAGUGGAACCUAGAUGAGCUGCUCGAGGUCAUGUGGGAUCGCCUGAACUUGGUGAGAGUUUACACCAAGCCCAAGGGGACCAUGCCCGACUUCAAUGACCCGGUUGUGUUGCGGUCAGACCGUUGCACAGUGCGGGAUUUCUGUAACCAAAUCCACAAGUCUCUGGUUGAGGAGUUCCGGAAUGCUUUGGUUUACGGUAGCAGUGUGAAACACCAGCCUCAGUACGUGGGUCUUGCACACACUCUAGAGGAUGAAGACGUUGUGACAAUUCUGAAGAAGUAA